CAUCCAAUAACCAACCUCACAUCACUACAAAACAAACCCAAUUUUCAUUCGGCACCUAAUUAUAGCACCAAUUAGCCUCUAUAACCUGCCAAAUUUCCCUUUUAUAGCAUCUCCUAAUCUUUAGAUACCAUUUUUCUUCUUGUUUUGUCUUUCUUUCUAUCCUUCACUUCAUGCUUUCGUGUGUAACCCCAUUUCUUCCAUUUUCUUGAUAUUUAACAACAAAAAGAUUUCAUUUUUUCCCUACCCAAAUAAGUUUACUGUGUUUUUUCUUGGGUAAAGCUCAAUUCCAUGGCUACUUCUUCAGCUUAUUUUUGUUGUCCUGCAACUUCUACUACUGGAAAGAAACAUGUUUUCCCAAAUGGGUCAGCUGGAUUCUUGGUUUUUGGUGGUCCUCGAUUGUCAAACCGGUUAGUGACUCGAAAAUCAGUUAUUCGUGCUGAUUUGGAUUCCAUGGUCUCUGAUAUGGGUACUAAUGCUCCAAAAGGGCUAUUUCCACCUGAACCUGAACAUUAUCGAGGCCCAAAGCUGAAAGUAGCUAUUAUUGGAGCUGGGCUUGCAGGCAUGUCGACUGCUGUGGAGCUCUUGGAUCAAGGACAUGAGGUGGAUAUAUAUGAAUCGAGGACCUUUAUUGGUGGGAAAGUGGGUUCUUUUGUUGAUAGACGUGGGAACCACAUUGAAAUGGGACUGCACGUGUUCUUUGGUUGCUAUAAUAAUCUGUUCCGUCUGUUGAAAAAGGUGGGUGCUGAAAAAAACCUGCUAGUGAAGGACCACACUCACACAUUUGUAAAUAAAGGGGGUGAAAUAGGGGAGCUUGAUUUCCGCUUUCCAGUUGGAGCACCCUUACAUGGAAUUAAUGCUUUUUUGACUACUAAUCAGCUAAAGACUUAUGAUAAAGCUAGAAAUGCUGUAGCUCUUGCCCUUAGUCCAGUGGUGCGGGCUUUAGUUGAUCCAGAUGGCGCGUUGCAGCAGAUACGUGAUCUAGAUAGUGUAAGCUUUUCUGAGUGGUUUAUGUCUAAAGGUGGGACGCGUGCUAGCAUCCAGAGGAUGUGGGACCCUGUUGCAUAUGCUCUUGGAUUCAUUGACUGUGACAAUAUCAGUGCUCGGUGUAUGCUCACUAUAUUUGCAUUAUUUGCAACUAAAACGGAGGCUUCCCUAUUACGCAUGCUAAAAGGUUCUCCUGAUGUUUAUUUGAGUGGUCCAAUUAAGAAGUACAUCAUAGACAAGGGGGGCAGAUUCCAUCUGAGGUGGGGUUGCAGAGAGGUACUUUAUGAGACAUCCUCUGAUGGAAGUAUGUAUGUUAGCGGGCUUGCCAUGUCAAAGGCCACUCAGAAGAAAACUAUAAAAGCUGAUGCCUAUGUCGCUGCAUGUGAUGUCCCUGGAAUUAAAAGAUUAGUACCUCAGAAGUGGAGGGAAUUGGAAUUCUUUGACAAUAUUUACAAAUUGGUCGGAGUGCCUGUUGUUACAGUACAACUACGAUACAAUGGCUGGGUUACAGAGUUGCAGGACUUGGAGCGUUCGAGGCAAUUGAAGCGCGCUACAGGUUUGGACAAUCUCCUGUAUACACCGGAUGCAGAUUUCUCUUGCUUUGCAGACCUUGCAUUAGCAUCUCCGGAAGAUUAUUAUAUUGAGGGACAAGGCUCAUUGCUUCAAUGUGUCCUUACGCCUGGUGACCCUUACAUGCCUCUACCAAAUGAUGAAAUUAUAAAAAGAGUGUCAAAGCAGGUUUUGUCUCUAUUUCCUUCUUCCCAAGGUCUUGAGGUUACCUGGUCAUCAGUAGUGAAAAUUGGGCAAUCCUUGUAUCGUGAAGGACCUGGUAAAGACCCAUUCAGACCUGAUCAGAAGACGCCAGUGGAAAAUUUCUUUCUUGCUGGCUCAUAUACAAAACAGGACUACAUCGAUAGCAUGGAAGGGGCAACUCUUUCAGGUAGGCAAGCUUCUGCAUACAUAUGUAAUGCCGGAGAGCAGCUGGUGGCGUUGCGGAAAAAUAUUGCAUCAGCCGAAUCAAAUGAGAUCUCUAAAGGUGUGUCGCUAUCUGAUGAGUUGAGUCUUGUCUAAUGACUGCAAAUCAUCCAAUGAGCACCGAAGAACUACCCCCACUUUGUUAAUCCAAGAUGCAGAUACAAAUAUAACUCAGGCAUUGCACAAGGAAGAGGUCUUGUAGUUUUUGAGUCCACAAGAUGGAAAUAAAAAAGGUCUAAAUAUGUUGUAUCUAAUAUUAGUAAAUCCUCAUAGUGAUGUAUCUAUUCUGCCACCUUUCAGGUUAGUGAAAUGGAUCCUAUUGCUUCAUCAAUCAAUGAGAAGAACUUUGUUACACCUGAAA